AAUGAAAAAUCCUAAGAAUGUGGAGCUGAUCCCUGACCACAUAAAGCAAAGUCUCCCUUAAAAUCAGAUCAGAUCCUGUUAAAUUCUUUUAUUUUUAGCAAGCACAGUACAUUUGUGAGAUAUUCUGAACAUAACAGGAAUCUGAUAGCCCCUUUUCAGCAUUUUUUCACAAGCCAUGGACUUUUAAUGAAACUUAGUAGUCUGAAAGGGGUCUACCAGACUCCUUUUGUUGUGUUCUACAUUCCUAGGAUUCUUUUUGGCUACCAUAGACUGACACAGUUCUCCUGCAAUAUCUACACCAAACUAAAGACUGGGUGUAACCUCAACAGUUACAGCUCAUUAGUACACUUGAGCUUUUAGUGGAAGAAAGUUUAUUUUAUUGGUUGUUGUUGUAGCCACUCAUCGUGGAUUUCCUGCUCAAAUAGCAACACACAGAAGAGGGAAGAGAAAGAGUGAAGAGGCUAUUCAUAUUCAUAUCAGUUUCCACUCUGCAUCAGGCAGCUGUUUGUUCUGUUGCUUACUUAGAGUGAGAUCACCAUUCCAUUUCUGAAGUUACAGCAGCUUUCCCUCUAAAGUAAGGAGGAUAUCGUUCAUGGGUGAGCCUCCGUAUAACUCCUUUUUACCCUUACUGACUAAUUUCAGGAAAGGUCUGGAAUCAGUGUUUCAAAGUCUGCUUUUCAUGAAACAUGAAAUCAUAAUUUUAUUAUGAAGACUUUUCUGCAAAGAAAAGUAAUGAUUAACUGAAGAUGACGGGUCCUUGGACAACAUGCUGCAAUAAAAAACACAAACCCAAGAAUGAAUUACAGGACUUGGACUCAGUGGCAGAGAACAAGAAGGAAAAAAUGCAAAUGAAACAAGAAAUCACCUUGCUUAAUGGCAUUUCUUUAAUUGUAGGGAACAUGAUUGGAUCAGGAAUAUUUGUAUCACCCAAGGGUGUGCUAAUGUAUAGUGGCUCAUAUGGACUUGCACUUCUACUCUGGGCCCUUGGCGGGAUCUUCUCUUUGUUUGGAGCAUUGUGUUAUGCUGAACUGGGGACAUCCAUAAUUAAAUCAGGAGCAAGCUAUGCCUAUAUUCUAGAAGCUUUUGGAGGAUUUAUAGCAUUUAUCAGACUAUGGUCUUCCUUGUUGAUCAUUGAACCUACCACACAGGCAGUCAUAGCAAUUACUUUUGCUAAUUACAUUGUUCAGCCAAUAUUUCCAUUUUGUGAGCCACCCUAUGGAGCAGUUAGAUUGAUUGCAGCAGCCUGCAUCUGCUCCCUGACUUUUAUUAAUUGUGUCAAUGUGAAGUGGGGAACCCGAGUACAGGAUCUUUUCACCUAUGCAAAAGUGAUGGCUCUUAUCAUGGUCAUAGCUGUGGGCCUUUAUAAAAUUAGUCAAGGAAAAACUGAAAACCUUAAGGAACCAUUUGAAGGUUCCACAACAAAUGCAGGAUUUGUUGCACUUGCUCUUUAUUCUGCCCUCUUUUCCUACUCUGGAUGGGAUACAUUGAAUUUUGUCACUGAAGAAAUGAAAAACCCAGAAAGAAACCUUCCACUUUCCAUUGCCAUAUCAAUGCCUAUAGUGACUAUUAUUUACUUGCUGACCAAUGUGGCCUACUAUGUCGUGUUGGAUAUGUCUGCUCUCUUAACAAGUGAUGCCGUGGCUGUGACAUUUGGUAAUGAAGCUCUUAGCCAUGCUAAAUGGAUCAUUCCUAUUGCAGUGGCAAUGUCUUGUUAUGGAGGAUUAAACUCAUCAAUUAUUGCAGCUUCAAGACUUUUUUAUGUUGGAGCUAGAGAAGGACAUCUCCCUGAUAGCCUGAGCUUAAUUCAUAUAAAAUGUUUCACCCCUGUUCCUGCUCUUGUUUUUAAUGGUUUAAUGACUUUGGUUUAUCUCCUUGUGGAAGAUGUCUUUCUCCUGAUAUAUUACUACUGUUUCAGCUAUUGGUUCUUUGUUGGACUAUCCAUUGCAGGAUUAAUAUAUUUAAGGCAUAUCCAGCCAGAUAGACCAAGGCCCAUUAAACUCAGUCUCUUCUUUCCCAUUGUAUAUUGUAUAUGCACCGUUUUCCUUGUUAUAGUGCCUCUCUAUAGUGAUACAAUUAAUUCUGUUAUUGGAAUUGGCAUUGCACUCUCUGGAAUUCCUGCUUACUUUUUGGGAGUUUAUUUACCAGCAGAAAAGAGACCUUGGUGUCUUCAUUGGCUUUCUGCUGCCACUACACAGUAUGUUCAGAAGUUAUUCUAUUGCUGUCUGACAGACAAGGACAUUGAAACAGAGUCAUUGGAUAUAAAAGCAAAGUAGACUUUUUUGGACAAUUACUACACAUAUAAAGUGGAUGUAUAAAAUUCAAACAGCCGGAAAUAUUCCUUUGUAGAACAAACCAAGAAAUAUAUAACUGUACUGGGCAACAUUUUGCAGGGUUUCCAGACUACAUUACUUUAUCCACCUUUUCUUUAUUGUUAUCAAUUUGAGGAAUUUCUUCAUGCCUGUUUCCUAUAUAACAAUUACAGAUUGAUAUUGUAUCAAGGCAAGCACUUAUAAUGUGCUCGGGAUUUAGAGUUUCCCAUGAAAGUGAUAUAGAUAACAACCAAAUAGGAAGGAAAAGUUAAAAUAAUGGCAGGAAGACAAACUAAAGAUAUCAACUUUUAAAAUUUCAGGUUCAUCCUUGUAAAUUCUAAGGCAUUGUCUUUUACAGAUGGAAGGUUCCAAAUUAUUUGGUGGAUGAAUAUAACUAGUCUGCAUCAGUGGAGUUCAUCUUGUGUCACUGAGUCAAAGAAAUCCAUGAAGGGUAUCAGUGGAGACACUGUAUGUCUUUGUACUGGUGCCUAAUGUUUAGGUUCAAUAUUGAAACAUCUAAUGUUAUGUCACUGUAAUAGCACAGUGUGCCUUUUCUCCUUGGAGAAUAAUGUAAUAUAAAAAAAUAUAUAAUUAGUAGAGAAUCUUGCUGUUAGCAGCAUCUUCAGAAGAGGAAUGAGAGCUGUUGACAUAUCAGUUCUAUUAGUGAUUCUGUAAAUAACAGUUGUGACACCAGUAUCAGGCUGUCAGUGAGAACUAUGUAUGCCACACUAUCGUAUUUUCUUCUAAAACUUCAACUAUCUAUAAUAUUGUAAAAUACUGUAUGUGCAUGAAUCAAUCAACAUUUUUAUUUUCAUUCAGUCCAAAUGUUUUAUAUAUAUUUUUAAAAAUGCAUGCUGUAUUACUAGAUGACUGUCAAACUUACUUCAGUUUUGAAUAAACCUGAGUUUUAAAUAA